UCAAGCUUUGCAUUUGCCCUACAACACGUUCUGGUUCAACAAAGCAAACAAACAGCCGCCACUGGAGAAUUGACGCCGCUGCAUUCCGGUUGCACAGCUCCGACUCCGCCACUGGUUCAACAUGAGACGUCGCUGCAAUUCCGGCUGCACAGCUUCGACUCCGCCACUGGUUCAACACAGACGCUGCAGAUAACCCAAUCUACAAGAAGAAAGAACUUGAGAAGAAACUCUGUGAUUGCAUCCCCUGUCUUGCAGUGAGGACGUGCAUUGACUUUAUUGGUCAUGGAGUGGUAUAAUAAUCGAGCAUGGAUGUAUAAAAUGACCAAUAGUGAUGGAUUUAUUAAUACAGAAUACUGUGAAAACUUGAAAAAGUUGUUAGACUUCGUCUAUUCUAAAGAUUCAGUUGUGGAUCGAAGGGUGACUAAGCGUCGUAAGAUAGUAUAUGAUAUCAGAUGUCCUUGUUUAAGAUGUUAAAAUUCCAUCUACUUAGAUAGAGAAACUGUUCAAAAACACUUGCUUAAAAAGGGUUUCAUGCUUGAUUACUACACAUGGUAUGAACAUGGUGAAACUUCCACUCGUGAGGUAGGACAACCUUCUACAAUGAGGGAAGUUGAUGAUGACGAUGAUGGUGGUAGACGCAUGGUGUUGGAUAGCAUGUGUUCGUUAGCCGAUAAUUCGACAAUAAACUCAAAUCUAGAUUCAAGUACUCUUGAAAGGGAUGUUCAGAAUUUAGAAGCAAUGGGAUUCUAUAACAUGUUACAAGCUGCCGAUGAGCCUUUGUGGGAGGGGGAGAAGGCCACCAAUUACUCAAAGUUGCAAGCUGUUACAAGUUUUCUAAAUUGGAAAUCACUUUAUAAUUUAUCUACCGCAUGUUACGACCACAUCAUUUCUAUGGUUAAAGAAUUGAUGCCUGAAGGGAAUAAGCUACCAGAAAACUUUUACUAUACAAAAAAGAGUUUAGAAAAGCUUUUUCUUCCUAAAGAAAGGAUUGAUGUUUGUAAAAAUCACUGCAUGUUAUUUUAUAAGCAAGACAUGACAUUGACACAAUGUAAAUGGUGCGGAGAAUCUCGUUACAAGAGUGGCCAAAAUAAGGUACCUCAUUUGGUGAUGACAUACAUGCCGAUUGGUCCUAGACUAAAAAUGUUGUAUAUGUCUACAAAGACAACAAAAAAUAUGACUUGGCAUCAUGAUCAUAAAACAAAGGAGGGUAGCAUGGCACAUCCAAGUGAUGGUAAGGCUUGGAAGCAUUUCGACUCGGUGAAUCCUGGUUUUGCGAAUGAGAUCCGGAAUGUUCGUCUCGGGUUAUGCACUGACGGCUUUAACCCAAAUAACUCGAACUCAAACCCUUGCUCACUAUGGCCUGUCUUUCUUACAAUCUAUAACUUACCUCCAUGGAUGAGUUUGAAAGACGCAUAUAUUAAACUAUGUUUGGUUAUUCCUGGACGAAAGAGCCUGGGUCAAAACGUAGAUGUGUUUCUAAGGCCAUUAAUAGAUGAGUUGAAAGAGUUGUAUGAGGAAGGCAUUGAAGUUUAUGAUGCUUAUCACAAAGAAAACUUUAUGAUGAGAGCUAUUCUUUUAUGGACGGUUAGUGACUUCCCUGCCUGUGCUAUGUUAUCUGGCUGGAGCACGCAUGGUCACUUAGCUUGCCCAUACUGUAUGGGAGACACAAAAGCUUUUAGGUUACAGGCUGGAGGCAAAGCAAGUUGGUUUGACUGUCAUCGGAGAUUUUUACCUCGGUCACACCCUUUUCUUAGUGAUAGAAAUGGAUUCCGGGCUAAUAAAUCUAUGUCAUCAUUGGGACCUCCACCUGAGUUAACUGGUUGGCAAAUAUAUGAACAAGUUUGUGACCUUCCAAGUGUCUAUGAAGGUGUAACGUAUAAUCCAAAAAAGAAAAUUUCAGGAUUUGGUAAAACUCAUAACUGGGUAAAGAGAAGCAUUUUUUGGGAGCUAGAAUAUUGGCCCAUGUUGUUAAUCCGACACAAUCUUGAUGUAAUGCACAUUGAGAAAAAUGUUUUUGAGAGUCUAGUCUUCAUUUUAUGGAUCCGGGCGAUGCCCUUUAUAAGCUCUAAAGAUGAAGUAUAGUUUGAUAAUAUGGUUGUACAUGACU